AGAAAUACGGACGCGGUUGGGCGGGAAUUGGCGCCGGCUUCACCUCGUCGUGUCGCCAACUGCAACAAGCAACGUAGCCGUGCGUUGCUUGCCUGCCCCGGGUGACGCACGCACGUUUAUCUGGCCGAGUGCCCGAGGUCGUGCUAUUGUCUGGUGGGACGUGGGAGAUUGGACAGUGAGAGCAUCUCCAGCCGCUCUCAGGAAGCCUCCCAAGCCACUUUUUGAAUGUCGAUGGUCAAAAAACGCCCUACUCAGAUCUAAAGACCCGUUUUUCGUCGGAUUUCACGAGAUUUACGGCCGGCGCUCCCACCCAAACCCAGCCCCCUCGGAGGCAGCUGGUGACGCCGGCAGUUGCCUUUUUGCAUGCACAGGGCCACUCGUCAGCCCCUCUCUUUCCCCUCUCUCCUUCCCUUUCUCUUUUUUCUUUCUCCUCUCUCCUCUCCCUUUCCUCCCACCACCUACCGCACACAGCGCGCAUGGCCGGGGCGGGGCUCGCGCUCGCGUGGUCAAAGCCUCCACUUGACCAUCUCCUUCCUCCUCGCUUAGGCGCCAUGGCCACCAUCCUCGCAAGAUCCAGCCCAUCUCCUCCGCGUCCGCCUAGUGGGCGUUCCAGCGGACCCGAUCGGCGCCGUCGCUCGCCGCCCAGUUCGCGGGCGGCCCGCUCAAGCGCUGGUGGGACUGGGGCCUCGGCUGGCUGCGGCUUCACCGGCGACCUGGAGAUGAGCGAGGAGGAGGCGGCCGCGCUCGGCCGGGGCACCUGGGCCCACGUCCUCUACAAGUUAUGCAAAAGAUGAUGAGCUUGGACAGGACACGAGACACUUGCCAUUGAACAUCAACAUCAUAAUACUCUCCCAUUCUAGCACCAUAUCCAUGUGCCAUCCUCGCCUUCAACAUCUUCUUCCCAUCUGACGCCCCUCAUGCACACCUUCAUGAUGAACAACACAUACAUACUUUGUCGUCCGUAUGUAACAUGUCUAUUAUUUUUCUACUCUUUCUUUUGAUGCAAAGAUACAUAGCAAUGUGUCUAUACAUGCUCGUGCACGUGGACUUGUACAACUUCUAACCUAUUUUAAGUUGAU